AUGGAAGCAGAAGGGGGUCUCUAUUUGCAGCGGUGGCUGGGCAGAUGCACAAAGGAGGCCACUGAUAAAUUUCAUUACGAUCUCAGACAAAUGCCGAGGGAGAGCAGAAGAAUAAAUAUUUCAUUGCAGAGAAGCUUGAAGCUUGCAUUUAAAGAGGUGGGGCCUCAAAAUGUGAUCCAAAUCAUUACUGAUAAUGCUUCAGCAUGCAAGGCCGCAGGGGCAGUUGUGGAGGGCAAAUUUCCACACAUCUUCUGGACUCCAUGUGUUGUUCACACCCUCAAUCUUUCCCUUAAGAAUAUUUGUGCUGCGAAAAAUACAGAGGCUAAUGCAAUUCCUUAUGCAGAGUGCAGCUGGAUUAUAGAGGUAUAUGAUGAUGCUUUGAUGAUUAAGAACUUCAUCAUGAAUCACUCAAUGAGGUUGGCUAUGUUAGAGGUAUAUGAUGAUGCUUUGAUGAUUAAGAACUUCAUCAUGAAUCACUCAAUGAGGUUGGCUAUGUUUAAUGAGUAUUCAAAGAUGAAGCUUCUUUCAAUUGCUGAUACUCAAUUUUCUUCAUGGAUCAUCAUGCUAAAGAGGUUCAUGGUGAUCAAGAGAAGCCUCCAAGAUAUGGUUCUUAGCGACCAUUGGAGCUCGUACAGAGAUGAUGAUGUGGGAAAAGCACAGUUUGUUAAGGAGAAAGUGCUUGAUGAUUUGUGGUGGGAUAGGGUGGAUUAUAUUAUUGCUUUCACUGCUCCUAUAUAUGAUAUGAUUCGACUCACCGAUACCGACAAGCCCAGCCUUCAUUUGGUAUAUGAUAUGUGGGAUACAAUGAUUGAGAAGGUGAAGGUUGUUAUUUAUAGACAUAAGGGCAAAAGAGAAAAUGAUCCCUCCUCAUUUUAUAAUGUCGUACACAAGAUCUUGGAGGAUAGAUGGAAUAAGAGCAAGACUCCACUUGAGUGCUUAGCGCACUCUUUGAAUCCAAGAUAUUAUCACGAGACAUGGCUCAAUGAGAAUAUCCAUCGGCAAGCACCCCAUCAGGAUGAGGAGAUCUCUUCGGAAAGGGCCAAGUGUUUGAGGAGAUAUUAUCCUAAUGCCGAUGAACGGAGGACGGUUAACUUGGAAUUUGCUAGAUUAUCAGCUGCUCUUGACACUUUUAGGGAUCCAGAUUCUCUUACCGAUAGAGGAUUGAUGGAUCCAAAAUCAUGGUGGGUGCUCUAUGGAUCCUCAACUCCAAAUCUUCAAGCAUUGGCCUUAAAGCUUCUAGGCCAACCCUGCUCAUCCUCUUGCUGCGAAAGGAAUUGGAGUACAUACUCAUUCAUUCACUCUUUGAAGAGGAACAAGAUGACACUGUUAAGGGUAGAAGAUCUUGUGUAUGUGCAUAGCAAUCUUCGUUUGCUUUCUCGAUCAUCCCAAGAAUAUCAAGAUGGAGAAUCGAAGCUGUGGGAUAUUGGUGGAGAUGCAUUCGACUCAUUUCAGGGUGCCGGUAUUCUUGAUGUCGCCACCUUGUCUCUUGAUGAACCCACCAUGGAGGCUGUAUUGUUUGCUGAUGAUGAAGGCAAUGAAGAAGUCACUGGACUAGCUUCCACUUCAUCUUGA